AUGGGGGUUGGGCCGUGGGCCGAAAUCUUCGGCCCAUGCUGGGCUUUGCCGAUGUCUAUUGGCAUCUCAGUACUCCAAAUAUUGAGCUUCCUAUUCCAAUUCAUAUGCGAAUCCGGGAUCCAGAAGUUGUACGGCUUCGUGGCCGUCCAGCUGGAACAUUAUCAACUCAAACUGGUCUGCGAUCAACUCAAACUUCAACUUCAAUGCAGCGAGACCCAAUCUCUAUUGAAACACUUCGGUAAGGCGAGGAAACAGCAGCGCGGCGGUCCGAUCGCGAGGCAGCAGCUAUAUGGCGAUCGCAGCGACUAA